AUGGCGGUGGUUUGGGGUGUAGAUGUCGGGCAGACUCCCACGGUGAAGAGGUCGAACACGAGGCUUCCCGUUGCGGCCAAUGCGGACUUGAGGUUCGCAUUGAAGCUGCGGCUCCUGCGGCAGUGCAGCGCGGUGCUGGAGGAGGUGCUGUCCCUGCGCGAGUCCGUGGGCAGGCUGCUGUCCGACGCGAAGGCCCAGGCCGACCUCCUCGACGCACUGUCCGCGAGGGUGGACGAGCUGCACACGGGCUUCGCUGAUCACGAGGAGGAGCUCUUCGGCGGGGCCUCUGCUGCCUAUAGGCCGUACCGUGGCGCGCACGCGGGCCGCGCCCGCGACCUGAAGGCCGGCGUCAGCAUCGGCCAGGGCUUCGGGCGGAGCCUCUCCGGGCGCAGCUCCGGCAGCCGCCGGACCUGGUUGAGCCGCGACCUUGGCGACGGGAGUUUCUUCGGCGGCCUGGACCGGGAGCCCCUGGGCGGCGGUCACGGCUCUGGCCUGGGCAGCGGCCGCUCGCACGCGUCGGGCUGGGGCGGCAGGCGGGCGCGGACGCGGGACGUGUUGGGCCUCGCGUACAAGCAAGGCAUAGGCUUCGGUGGCCAGUCGGAGGCCGUGACGGGGGGGGGGGGCGAGCAGCCCCGGGGGACCCUGCCGAGGCGGCGGGCGGACGGUCCUGGCGAUGCUGGAGGUGGCGGCGCGCAAGACGGAUCAGAUGACGUCGCUGAGAUCGACGCCGAGCUCGCGCAGCUCCGCGCUUCGGCCGCGUCGCACGUCGCUCUCCCUGCUGCGCCAGAGCGGUGCCGUUCAGGCGCGGUGGUCUUGCCGCCUGUGCUUGGCCCGACGGUCGGCGUGGACAUGGCUGCCAUCGGGGUGUCCCUCAGACAGCUGUACUCCGUCGUCGAUGAAACGGAGGCCGACGCGCGCGCUGUGGAGCACAUGGCCGCGCGUGGCACCCUUUCUUCAGGCUCACGGGCAAAGAGCAAGGGCAAGAAUAAGGUCGACGUCGCCGAGCGGGUCAGGCAGGAACUCAGCCUGGCCUCCGCCGAGCGCCGCGAGCUGGAGGCCCAGCUCGCGGCCGCCCGCGCCGCGGCAGGGGAGCUAGCGGCGGCGGCUGGUGCGGAAAAGGCCGCCUCGUCCCGUUUGAUCAAGGACAUGGCGGACACCUGCAUUGGGGGCGCGGCCUCGGAGAAGGGGCAGGCUUCGGUUGGCGCGGAGGCGAAGGCGCACCCCGUCGAGCCGAGGGCGAAACGCAUGCCCGAGCAGCGCCACGAGCAGGGCCGGGGCCACGGCGGGGGCACGCUCGUGAGUUGGCGAGGCUGA